GCGUCCAAACUGCCGCGAACUGGUAUCAAACCUCCUGCUCUGGGACGCGCGAGGCCCCCGUCUCCGAGUUGUGGUUCCGAUUCCGAGUCCGAAUCCCUGAGGACUGGAACGCCCGGGUGGGUGGGCGGCGGAAAGAAUUCACCUUGAAAACCUCGGGAGGCUGGGCACGAGCGGGAAUUGUUUCUUUUUCUGCCGCUCACCUUUCAAAAUGAAGGAGGAUCAAGUUGUGCUGGAGGAAUCAGGAUUCCAAGAUGAAGAGGAAUCUUUGUUUCAAGACAUUGACCUGUUACAAAAACAUGGAAUUAAUGUGGCUGACAUUAAGAAACUGAAGUCAGUAGGAAUCUGUACCAUCAAAGGGAUACAAAUGACAACAAGAAGAGCCCUCUGCAAUGUCAAAGGGCUCUCGGAAGCAAAAGUGGACAAGAUUAAAGAGGCAGCCAACAAACUUAUUGAACCAGGAUUCUUGACCGCUUUUGAGUAUAGUGAGAAGAGGAAGAUGGUUUUCCACAUCACCACUGGGAGCCAGGAAUUUGACAAGUUGCUAGGAGGCGGAAUUGAAAGCAUGGCAAUCACAGAAGCUUUUGGAGAAUUUCGCACUGGAAAAACCCAGCUCUCUCACACCCUCUGUGUGACAGCUCAACUUCCAGGAGCAGGUGGCUACUCAGGAGGAAAGAUUAUCUUCAUUGAUACAGAAAACACUUUCCGUCCAGAUCGUCUCCGGGACAUUGCGGAUCGCUUCAAUGUGGACCACGAUGCAGUGCUGGACAAUGUCCUCUAUGCACGUGCAUAUACCAGUGAACAUCAGAUGGAGCUACUUGACUAUGUAGCAGCGAAGUUCCAUGAAGAAGCUGGCAUCUUCAAGCUGUUGAUCAUUGAUUCAAUAAUGGCACUUUUUCGAGUGGAUUUCAGUGGUCGUGGGGAGUUGGCUGAACGACAACAAAAAUUGGCCCAGAUGUUAUCACGCCUCCAAAAAAUCUCAGAAGAAUAUAAUGUGGCUGUGUUUGUGACCAAUCAAAUGACAGCUGAUCCAGGAGCAACAAUGACUUUUCAGGCAGACCCCAAAAAACCCAUCGGGGGACACAUUCUGGCUCAUGCUUCAACAACAAGAAUAAGUUUGCGAAAGGGAAGAGGAGAGCUGAGAAUUGCCAAGAUUUACGACAGCCCUGACAUGCCUGAAAAUGAAGCCACCUUCGCAAUAACUGCUGGAGGAAUUGGGGAUGCCAAGGAGUAGGUGGUGAAUUGAUGCAAAUUGCUUCUUAGUGCUUAUUAGGAGAUGAAGAAAUAGAAAAGCAGUCUCACAUACCAGAUCUUGAAGUAAGAGUUUGUUUCACAUGUUAUUAAAGUCAGCAUGGGAUUUAAGUCUAUAUUUACCUUAAAAGUUCCUGAUUUAUAACUUUACAUUGUACGUGGAUUCAGGAAUAUAUAUGUAUAUGAGUGAAUAAACCUACUGAAAACUACUUGGGAAAGUAAUACAUGGUUCUAACUGCAGAUUUUCCUUUAAUUGUAUGAUUUCAUUUAUGUGAAAUUUCCAGAAUAGGCAAAUCCAUAGAUAGAUUUGCCUAUUAGAAAAGAGGCAAGGAAGCCCUGGCUGGUGUAGCUCAAUGGAUUGAGCGCGGGCCUGCAAACCAGUCAGUUGCGGUUCGAUUCCCAGUUAGGGCACAUCCCUGGGUUGCAGGCCAGUUCCCUGCAGGCCAGUUCCCAGCAGGGGAUGCACGAAAGGCAACCAUACAUUGAUAUUUCUCUCCCUCUCUCCUUCCCUUCCCCUCUAAAGAUAAAUAAAUAAAAUAUUAUUUAAAAAAAUAGGCAAAGGAGUGCCAGGGGAGUGCCUAAUAGAAAAUAGACUAGGGAGUGCCAGGGCCUGGCAGGCCCUGGGAGAGAGACUGCUAGUGGGCACAGAGUCUCCUUUGGGAUGUUAGAAAUACUCUGAAACUGUAAGAGGUGAUAGUUGCACAACGUUGUCAAUGUACUAAAUACCCCGAAUUGUACACUUGUAAAUGGCCAAAAUGGUGAACUUUAUUAUGUGAAUUUUAUCUCAAAAAUGUUUUUUUU